ACAUAUGAUGUUAUUUACAGUUGUUAAAAAAAAAACCGGUGUCGGUUACUCGAUGUUGCAUUUUUAAUAGACUAAUAUCUCGGACCAAGUUUAAAAGGCUAUUCUUAAUCUGAGACGAAAAUGGACUAUUGUAGCUUGAAUGUAUGACUCAAAUUCAAUUUACAAUUGGUGAUUAAGAAAAGUGAGGUUAUAUCUGCUUAUUUGAUAAGAUUUUUCAUUAAUUAUUUAAAAUGAAUACGGGAGACGAAAAAAGAUCAAAUCAUAAAAUUGUGGUUGUAGGUUCGUCUAGUGUUGAUUUUACAACGUACGCUCCUAGGCUUCCCAAUCCUGGAGAAACGCUUCAUGGAUAUAAAUUUGUAACUAGUUACGGUGGAAAAGGAGCCAACCAAUGCGUGGCUGCAGCUAAACUUGGAGCUAAUACAUAUAUGAUAAGUAGACUUGGAGAUGAUAAAUGGGGAGUGGAAUAUAAAAAGUAUUUAAAAGAACUAGGCGUAGAUGUUCGUCACGUUACAUUAACAUGUAAUGUAUCAACAGGCAUUGCUCAAAUUAUGGUUGCAGAAAACGGAGAAAAUCAAAUAGUAAUUGUCCCAGGGGCUAACAACCAUCUUAGCUGUAUGGAUAUUAAAGCAGCAGAGGAUAAAAUAGAAACAGCCGAUAUUAUCAUAGGUCAAUUGGAAACGCCACUUGAGUCGACACUCGAAGCUUUCAAACGUUGCAAGGGCCUGAAAUUGUUUAACGCUGCUCCAGCUAUAAAAAAUACUGAAUUUAUAUUUCCCUACUGUUCAAUUCUAUGUCUUAAUGAAACAGAAGCUUCUUUAUAUGUUGGCUUUGCAGUUGACCUUACGAACGGCUCAUUGGCGUUGAAAAAAAUUUUAGAAUCAGGAUGUGAAAAGGUUAUAAUAACUCUCGGAGAUAAGGGAGCCAUUUAUUCCUCAAAACAAGAUAGCAAAUGUAUUCACGUCUGUUGCGAAACAGUUGUACCCGUAGAUACAACUGGAGCAGGUGACGCGUUUGUUGGCGCUUUAGCAACUUAUUUGGUAACUCAUAAAGAUUACCCUCUACAUCAAAUUAUUGGAGCGGCUUGCGCAGUUGCUACUAUGUCAGUUACCAAAGAAGGGACUCAAACUAGCUACCCAACAAGAUUUGAUGCUUUCGCUAAGGAGUACGAAUAUAAAGAAUUGUAAAACUUAA